CAUUCUCUGUGUUUUGUUCCCUCCCCUUCUCGCUCUCUCUUUUUCUCUCACUGUCAUAGCCUCUUCUCACUGCCAGUCAUUGUUUUUGUCCCAGUGAGAUUGUGAGCUCCUCUCUUCAGUUCUUUCUCUCGAACUCUCCUGUUGUCGGUUUGGUGUUUGGUGGUUGUGACCCCUCUAUUAUGCCAUGGGAGACCCUGUGCCUUUCUCCAUCCUGAACGAGAGACUGAGACCACAGUUUACUGCCAUGGAACAACUCUGCUACUCCCUGCACACCCUGGAAGAUGGACACCAGCUGCCUGGCAUUGUCAGUGGCAGUUCAACCACACGGUCUACAAUACUGAGAGAUGAAAUACAAACACAGGUUAAUUCAAGCUCGACCACGACCGAAUCAGAGGAUGACCCAGAGAAGGAGGAUGUGGUCACAGAAAGGUUGACUUCGCUGACCGAAGAGGGGGACAACUGUCAUGAUCUGUUGACCAUGACCAGUACCUGCUUGAUGCAAUCUUUGACCGCAGAAGAUACUGGUCCUGAUGGUUCUGGUGAGCUGACCGUGGUCAAGGAGAGUUUGGCCAUAGAGAAUGGCGAUCCAGGUGUUUUGACCAUGGUCAGUGAGGGAGAUGGUUCUGAUGAGGUCAGUGAGGAUAAGAGCCCUUUCAGACGGAGCUACAUAGACCGAAUCUUACCGGACCUCAUCAGGAGUGGACAACAGCUCAGCAGACGCAGAACAUUAGGACCAGUGUCCGACACGUUGAAGGAAGUGCGUCGGGAGGUGGCGCUGUCAGUGAGACGCAGUCUGAGGCUGAAGGCUCAGGUGGACAAACUACAGGAGAACAGAGACGAACCGGGAUGGAUCCAACACAGGGAGAAGGUUACAGAGGAGGUUCAGUCCGUUCUGAGGUUGUUGCUUCCUCUGACAGAAGCAGAGUCCAGCAUAGUAGAACCAUCUGUUCAGGAGAACAGUCUGGACACAGCGCUGGUCCUGCUGCAGAACGUCGCACGCAAACUAGCUCUCAGCCACACAGCACAGGAUUCCCAGUUCUGGGUUAAAAAAGGGAAUGGUAUGGAUGACAGUGCUGUUCUACAACAGGCACUACGGGACAGAGACGAUGCCAUGGACAAGAAGAAGGCCAUGGAGGCGGAGCUUCUCCGCAGUAAGACAGAGAUGAUGUUACUGAACAACCAGUUGUUGGAGGCUGUGCAGAAACGACUGGAGCUCUCACUGGAACUAGAGGCCUGGAAGGACGACAUCCAGAGGAUCCUGCAGCAGCAGCUCCAGAGCCAGCAGGAAGCAGAACAGGCCCAGAGGAAACCCUCCCGUCUGGGGCUGCUGAGGAGAACUAAAGAACCCCCACACCAGAGGCCAGCCUCCACCCCUGCCCCCUCUCCGGCCCUACAACGCACCCCUGUUACCUGGAGGGACAGGCUGAAGAGGGGGAAGACGGGUCGUCAUGGUGACCAGGAGGCAGCGCAGGCGUCACCGGUGUCGCGGUCGUCGAGUAGCAGCAGCAGACUGGAGGGGUUUCAUACCAUAGACUUAUAACACAACAUGAGAGGGACAAAUCAUUGCUACUUGAUACAUUUUUCAAACUGUUGAUUCCUACUGGGAGAGAUACAUGGAUUACACACAUUCACAAUGAGAAUAAUUCUCUACUUGAGGAAAACAUUCAUAGUACAUUUGGGUUGUAGAGUCUCCAUCUGUAAUCAUUAAUGUAUCUGUCUUUGAUUAAAGUAAUUGAAACGUC